AUGAUCUUCAGAAAGAUCUUUAAGUAGGGUAUAACUCAUUGGUUAGGCGAGGACAGCAAAGGUUUCAUUUGCGCUUCGAUAUCAAUUGAAGAAAUAGUGUGGUGGGGGGAUCGACCAAACUUAGAAUUCUAGAGAAUCAAUACCAGAUUAAUAAAGUGGAAAUCAAUAAAAAAGGAUUGCAUCCUGCUAGGUCUAUGGGAUCAGAAAAAUAUGGGGCUGUUAAUGCAAACUGGUUACAGAACCUAGCUAACUGAGCUAUAAGAUAUUUCUAGAGGGGCUGGUGUGAUGUUUAUUUGUGAUCACGAAGGCAAACAAUUUAUUAGAGAUCCUUGA